CGUUUCAAAACAGGAGAAGGCAUUUUUAUUUUUAUUUUUUUGUGUGAACCAAACCGAAAGCAGAUGAAGCAGAGUAGCAGAAGCAGGGUUCAGUCGAAUUUUCCAAAUCUUAAUCCACUUCUUAUCCUAGUAACAAACAACUACACGUUUUUGUUUAUCAUUCCGAAAAUUUUAAUUUGUUAAUAUAUUCUUAUAAAUAGAGGAAUCGUUUGCCAUUGCCCUUUCCAAACCGUUUCAUCUUGUUGCACUUGCAACCGUUGCCAUAUUAAUUAUCUUCCAAAAUUGUAAUCACAAUUCAUAAAAACAAGCAAGCAUCGAAGGACCCAGAAGGAUCUCAACAACAAAGAAGCAAACUUUUCAUCAAUUUUGGCAUCAAGAAGAGAAGGGUUGUGUAGUGGAAUUGGUUUUUGGCAAAAGGAUAUUUUUCGUAGGAAUUGAAAACAAGUACCAGGAAUUUAUAGCAACUCAAGCUUCCGUUAGUGUUUUAGAAGGUGGUUUUUGGUGAUGGUGAUUUUAAACCUUGGGAGAAAGGAGGAGCAGGGAGUGCGACUUGGGAAAUACGAGUUGGGAAAGACACUUGGAGAAGGCAAUUUUGGAAAAGUCAAGUUGGCAAGGGACACUCAUUCUGGCAAACUAUUUGCUGUUAAGAUCCUUGACAAGAGCAAGAUCAUUGACCUCAAUAACAUUGAUCAGAUAAAGAGGGAAAUAUCGACCUUGAAGCUCCUAAAGCAUCCGAACGUGGUUAGAUUAUACGAGGUCUUGGCUAGCAAAACCAAAAUUUAUAUGGUACUUGAGUACGUGAAUGGAGGAGAAUUAUUUGACAAAAUUGCAUCCAAAGGUAAACUGAAAGAAGCUGAAGGUAGGAAAAUAUUCCAGCAGUUGAUUGAUUGUGUGAGCUUCUGCCACAAUAAAGGUGUCUUCCACAGGGAUCUCAAGCUGGAGAAUGUACUUGUGGAUGCCAAAGGGAACAUAAAGAUAACCGAUUUUAAUCUUAGUGCUUUGCCCCAGCAUUUUAGGGCAGAUGGGUUGCUGCAUACAACAUGUGGAAGUCCCAAUUAUGUUGCCCCUGAAAUUCUUGCCAAUAAAGGCUAUGAUGGUGCAACAUCAGACAUAUGGUCAUGUGGUGUUAUCUUGUAUGUAAUUCUAACAGGAUACCUUCCUUUUGAUGACAGAAAUCUUGCAGUUCUCUAUCAAAAGAUUUUUAAAGGAGAAGUUCAGAUACCAAGAUGGCUAUCACCUGGUUCUCAAAACAUUAUAAAGAGAAUGCUUGAUGCCAAUCCUAAAACCCGGAUAACAAUGGCUAUGAUCAAAGAAGAUGAAUGGUUCAAGGAGGGUUAUACUCCUGCAAAUCCAGAAGAUGAGGAAGAGAGUGUGUAUAUUGAUGACGAAGACUUUUCAAUCCAUGAUGUGUCACAUGAAGCAGAUCAAGGGUGUCCAAGAUCACCAACACUUAUCAAUGCAUUCCAGUUGAUAUCAAUGUCUUCAAGUCUAGAUCUCUCUGGUCUUUUUGAGCAAGAGGAUGUUUCUGAGAGGAAGAUAAGAUUUACAUCCAUCCAUUCACCAAAAGAUUUGGUUGAGAGGAUAGAAGACAUUGUAACAGAAAUGGGAUUCAGAGUCCAGAAGAAAAAUGGGAUGUUGAAAGUGAUACAAGAGAUCAAAGUACAGAAAUGUCCAGGUAGCUUCUCAGUGGAAGCAGAGGUGUUUGAAAUAAGUCCAUCCUUGUAUGUAGUAGAGUUAAGUAAGUCUUGUGGAGAUGCUUCUCUAUAUAGACAGUUAUGUAAGAAGUUAUCAAAUGAUUUGGGUGUUCACACAAGGCAACAACUAGGGAGCUCAGAAGUGAUGGCCUAAAAGAAAAGAAUUGGGAAGCUAAAUAAUGCAUAUAUUUUGCCUUUUUCUUUGGGGUGGGGUAGUUAUGUAGGUGUGUUAAAAUAUCAAUUUUAUAUACCAUUUUCACCAAGUUAGUGAUGUGCCUGUAUCUCUAUUAGAUAGAUAAAAGAAGAGCACCUAAUUUCUAUUUAAACAAUCUGUUCAUUAGUUGAACUCCAUAGACCAUAUCUUAGAUUGCAUAAAACAAUAAAUGUGGAUGAUCUGAAAUCUUUAUUGAAAGAUGGUGGAAGUGAGAAUUAUGUGGUUGCUGAAUUAAAAAAGCUAAAAGAUAAAGCUUUUAUAACUUA